AUGAUGAAACCUUCCACGGCAGAGACUCUUCACAAAGGAAGGAUGUUGUGGAUAAUUCUUCUAAGCACAAUUGCUCUAGCAUGGACUACACCAAUUCCCUUGAUAGAGGACUCGGAGGAACUCGAUGAGCCCUGCUUUGAUCCAUGUUACUGUGAAGUGAAGGAGAGCGUUUUCCAUAUACAUUGUGACAACAAAGGAUUUAUAAAUAUUAGUCAGAUAACAGAGUCAUGGUCAAGACCUUUUAAACUUUAUCUGCAGAGGAAUUCCAUGAGGAAAUUGUACACCAACAGUUUCCUUCACUUGAACAACGCUGUGUCUAUUAACCUUGGGAACAAUGCACUGCAGGACAUUCAGACCGGAGCUUUUAAUGGGCUCCGAGUUCUGAAGAGGUUGUAUUUGCACGAAAACAAAUUGGACAUUUUCAGAAACGACACUUUCCUGGGUUUGGAAAGUCUGGAAUAUCUGCAGGCAGAUUACAAUGUCAUUAAACGGAUUGAAAGUGGGGCAUUUAGAAACCUAAGUAAAUUGAGGGUCCUUAUCCUAAAUGACAAUCUUAUCCCUAUGCUUCCCACCAACCUAUUUAAAUCGGUGUCCUUAACCCAUUUGGACUUGCGCGGGAACAGGUUAAAAGUCCUUUCCUACCGAGGAAUGUUGGACCAUAUUGGCCGCAGCCUGAUGGAGAUCCAGCUGGAGGAGAACCCUUGGAACUGUACCUGUGAGAUUGUGCAGCUGAAGAGCUGGCUGGAGCGCAUACCUUACACCGCCCUGGUAGGAGACAUCACCUGUGAGACCCCCUUCCACUUCCACGGCAAGGACCUGAGGGAGAUCAAAAGAAGUAAACUCUGCCCCAUGCUGUCUGACUCCGACGUGGAAGCCAGCCUGGGGAUCCCUCAGCUGCCAUCCAGCAAGGAAAACGCAUGGCCCACGAAGCCUUCCUCCAUGCUGUCCUCCUUCCAUUUCACUGCCUCCUCUGUUGAGUACAAAACAUCCAAUAAGCAGCCCAAACCCACCAAGCAGCCCAGGGCACCCAGACCUCCCCCGACAUCCCGCAGCCUGUAUCCCGGGCCGAAUCAACCUCCUAUCGCUGCCUACCAGACCAGGCCCCCAAUCCCCAUCAUCUGCCCUACUGGGUGCUCUUGCAGUUUGCACAUCAACGACCUGGGCCUGACGGUCAACUGCAAGGAGCGAGGGUUUCACAACAUCUCUGAGCUCCUGCCCAGGCCCUUGAAUGCCAAGAAGUUGUACUUGAGCGGGAAUUUGAUACAGAAAAUCUACCGCUCCGAUUUCUGGAAUUUUUCCUCUUUGGAUCUCUUACACCUGGGGAACAACCGGAUCUCCUACGUGCAGGAUGGGGCUUUUAUUAACCUGCCUAAUCUCAAGAGCCUGUACCUGAAUGGCAACGACAUCGAGCGGCUCACCCCGGGCAUGUUCCGGGGCUUGCAGAGUUUGCAUUACCUGUACUUUGAGUACAACCUGAUCAGGGAAAUCCAGCCGGCGGCCUUCAGCCUCAUGCCCAACCUGAAGCUGCUCUUCCUCAACGACAACCUGCUCCGCACCCUGCCCACCGACGCCUUCGCCGGCACCUCGCUGGCGCGGCUCAACCUGCGCAACAACCACUUCCUGGCGCUGCCGGUGGCCGGGGUGCUGGAGCACCUGCACGCCAUCGUGCAGAUCGACCUGAAGCUCAACCCUUGGGACUGCACCUGCGAGCUGGUGCCGCUGAAGCAGUGGCUGGAGGCGCUGAGCUCGGUGAGCGUGGUGGGCGAGGUGCUGUGCGCCAGCCCCGAGCGCCUGGCGCGCCGCGACCUGCGCGGGCUGGAGCUGGCGGCGCUGUGCCCGGCCGCGCUGCGCCCCGCCGCCGCCGCCGCCGCCGCCGCCGCCUCGCCGCCCGCCGCCGCCGCCCCGCCGCCGCCCGCCGCCACCGGCGCCGCCGCCUACGAGCUGCCGCGGCCGGGCGCCGCCGCCGUGCCGCUCUCCGUGCUCAUCCUCAGCCUCCUCGUGCUCUUCUUCGCCGCCGUCUGCGUGGCCGCCGGGCUCUUCGCCUUCGUGCUGCGCCGCCGCCGCCGCAAGCGGCCGCUGCGCGGGCCGCGCCCCGAGGGCACCGACCUGGGCGGCGUCGCGCUGCGCUGCCACCGGCUCUUCGAGGAGGGCGGCGGCGGCGGCGGCGGCGGCGGCGGCGGCGGGGAGCGCUCCCCCGAGAAGGCGCCGCCGGCGGGCCACGUCUACGACUACAUCCCGCACCCGGUGACCCAGAUGUGCAACAACCCCAUCUACAAGCCGCGCGAGGAGGAGGAGGAGGCGGCGGCGGCGGCGGCGGGCGGCGAGGAGGCGGCCGAGCUGCUGCUGCUGCGGGGCGGCGGCGCCCCCCGCUUCGCCCCCGCCGCCGCCGCCGCGCAGGAGCCCGGCUCCCACUACCGCACCUUGCUGGAGAAGGAGCAGGAGUGGAGCCUGGCCGUGUCCAGCUCGCAGCUCAACACCAUCGUCACCGGCAACCCCCAGCACCCCGCGGGCGGCGGGCUGGCGGCGGGCGGCGGCGCGCCCGGGGCCGGGGCCGGGGCCGGGGCCGGGGCGGCGGCGGGGGGCGCCCCGCGGGACCGCGACCGCCCGCCGCCCUGCGCCGUGGGCUUCGUGGACUGCCUCUACGGCACCGUGCCCAAGCUGAAGGAACUGCACGUCCACCCGCCUGGCAUGCAAUACCCGGACCUCCAGCAGGACGCCAGGCUCAAAGAAACCCUUCUCUUCGCCGCCGGAAAGGGCUUCUCAGACCACCAAACCCCCACAAGCGAAUACCUCGAGUUAAGGGCCAAACUCCAAACCAAGCCGGAUUACCUCGAAGUCCUGGAGAAGACCACGUACCGGUUCUGA